AAACCCAACCCUUCUUCUCUCUUCCUUAAUAGUAAUGAACUAAUGAGUAAUGGGGCUUUUUUUUUUUUUGUGUUAAUCAUUUUUAUUUUUUUAUUAUUUUUCCUUUCUUGAAGUACUAGCUGUUUAGUGCCUUCUUUACAAGUUACAAUUGCCUCGGAAGAAACUCCACUCACUUUUUUUUCAAAUUUGGAGAAACUGAACUAGAAACAGUCUUUUUGUGCACAAGAAACUCUGACAACCUCUCUCUCUCUGUUGCUUUGUUUGAGAGAGAGAGAGAGAGAGAGAGAGAGAGAAAUGGGUGUUGGAACAAGCACAUUUGUGAUCAGAUGGAUCAACUUUCUCACCAUGCUUUUAGCAGUUGGUGUCGUGGUUUUCGGGGUGUGGAUGAGCACUCACCACGACGGUUGUCGGAGGUCCCUCACGCUUCCGGUGAUAUGCCUUGGGGGUGUCAUCUUUCUUAUAUCUAUAAUCGGCUUCUUGGGCGCGUGGAAGAACAGCUCCAUACUCUUGUGGAUUUAUCUGAUCUUGUUGUGCUUCAUAUUGGUGGCGAUUCUGGUAUUCACUGUAUUGGCGUUCAUUGUAACAAACAAUGGUUCCGGUCACAGCGUAGAUGGUCUGAGAUACAAGGAGUACCAACUUAAAGAUUACAGUUCGUGGUUUCUAAAUCAGCUGAACAAUACACAUAACUGGAAGCACUUGAAGAGUUGUCUUGUGAAAUCCGCAGACUGCAAUAACCUGUCAAAAAAAUAUAAGACUCUUAAGCAAUACAAAUCAGCAAAACUGACCCCAAUUGAGGCUGGUUGCUGCAGGCCACCGUCUGAAUGUGGCUAUCCUGCUGUAAACGCUUCAUACUACGACCUGAGCUUUCAUCCAGUUAGUUCUAACAAGGACUGCAAACUCUACAAGAAUUCGCGCCAAGUCAAGUGCUACAAUUGUGAUUCUUGCAAGGCUGGAGUUGCACAAUACAUGAAAACCGAGUGGAGAGUCGUUGCAAUCUUUAAUGUUGUUCUCUUUCUUGUCUUGUCGAUGAUAUAUUUCGUGGGUUGCUGCGCGAGGCGAAAUGCAGCAAGAAGCCAAUCCAAAGCUUGAAAAGGGCUAUCGCUCAUUCCGAUUUUUCAAACAAUGAAAAUUGAAACAAAAUUCAUUAUUCAGCGGUUGUUAGUUUGUGAAGAUCGACCAAUGCAAUCGGUUAAGUUGUUGCUUCUGAUUGUUGUAUCAACAAGGCAGAAGAAAGAUGAGCAAAUCUGUUAUCAUGAUGGCGUUUUUGAGUUCGUAGCACUGUGUUGAAGCCACUAUUGUAAAAAAGAAAUGCUGUUCUUCGAGUAUAAAUCAUUGUUUUCUUCUUCAUGUUUGUAUUUUUUUUACCCUCUAUAGUACUUGGACAAUGAUGGCAAUCUGUAUUCUGAGGAAGUGCAAGAGGUAGUUUUGGAUAAUGAAUUGUUAAAUACAAAAUUUAUCAUCCCCAACGGGCAACGGUGUAGAGUUCAUAUAUCAGCACUGGACAUUUUACGAUCUAAUGA